UUUUCCUUUGCGCAGGCGCGUUGAAGGAUUCUAUUUCUGAUCUUUCCGCUCCUUUCAAGUGAAGAAUUAUUAAGAGAGCAGCAGAUGAGAGAGUUGAGUGAAAACGAAGUUUUGUGAGAAUCGUCUGUGUUUUUAAGUUUUUCUCGUUUGGUGUUUAUUUUAUUUGUGUUCAUUAAUAAAAGGAUAUCGAAAAAUGGGGCUUACUGGAUGUUACGCUUGUAUGAAAUACCUCGUUGUGAUUUUCAAUCUGAUAUUUUGGUUAGCUGGAAUCGGUGUGCUUGCAGUUUCAAUAUGGCUGUACAUCGACAGUUCUGUUUAUCUUGGAAAUACAGAAGACAGCUAUAUGUAUUUCGUAGCUAUAUUUAUAUUAAUGGCAGCGGGGGCAAUCAUGUUUCUUAUUGGAUUACUCGGUUGUUGUGGAGCAUUACAGGAGAGUCCGUGUAUGCUUGGAACGUUCUUCAUCUUUCUUUUGGUGAUAUUUGCUGCUGAAAUAACUGGUGGCGUGUGGGCUUGGAUGUACAAAGAUGAGGUGAAUAAAAUAAUUGAACAUCAAGUAACUAAAAUGGUUAAAGAUGAAUAUGGUGCAUCUAAAUCUGUGGAAAACACCAUUGAUGCUGUCCAGCAUGAUCUUCAUUGUUGUGGUGCUAUACAACCGAGAGAUUGGGCACAGUCUCGUCUGAAUAGUAAGGACAAUAGUGCUGUGGAAGUUGGUAUAUCGAAAACUAUAGGGUAUUAUAGUGUACCACCAACGUGCUGCAAAAGUAAAAAUCCAGAUGAAUGCGAGUUUCAUCGAAAGAUUAAAUUUUCUGGUCAGUCGUUUGAUGGUAUUUAUACUGAAGGCUGUGUUCCUCGUUUGCAAAGAUAUUUUGAAGAAAAUAUGAUAAUAAUGAUAGGAAUUGGUAUUGGCGUCGGUGUUAUUCAAGUUCUGGGUCUGAUAUUCUCUAUGGCUUUGUGCUGUGCCAUUCGAAGCGAUGAUGAGUGAUCUCUUAUUUCAUUUUUUUAAAUCCAAGUUGAAGAAUUAUGUACAGUUUAUUGUUUAUUCCACAAUAGUGAACAAGGUAAAACAUUAUUUCACGUUGUAUAAAAUGGACCAAUCACAUACAAUUGCACCUUGUUUUUAUGGAUCAAAAAGAAAAAGAUUCUUGUUCUUCAUUACCAAAAAGUCAAUUUUGUACUGUUAUUCAACAUUUAAUGUUAUGAAAAGCAGUAUCCAAAAAUCAUCCCUCUAAUUCUACAUUUUCUUCUGAAAUUUCCUAUUUUUUAGAAGAAGAAAAAGUUUUUAGACUUUUCCUAUAACUGCUCAUAGUUUUAAGAUCUUUUAGUGAUAACUAUUUUCUCAUCGAUUUUAAAGUUAUAGAAGGAAGAGUGUGUAUGAAGUGCUAUAUUAGUAAUCUUAUUUUCAUUUUAAAUAACAUUUAUAUAAUGAUUUGAAUUAUAAUAAAAUUUAUGUUUGAUAAUUUUUUUUACAGUGAUUUAAAUCUUAAUUGUAAAUUUUCGAUUUAACAUUAAUUGUUAAGUUGUAUAAGAUAAAAUGUGAGAUAUUUUAAUUUGUCUUAAAAAUGAUCAGUUAGUACGGUCGAAAUGUAUGUUUUCAGUUUUGAAUUGUUUUGACUUUGAUGAAACUAUUAUAUUGUAUUUGACUAAGAAUAUUUUUCUAGAUAAUUAAAAUAACUAUGCAUAUUUUAAACAGUCGUUAAACUCUACUACAUGAUAUUAAAAUUUUAAAAGUUAUAGUUUUAAUUUUUUUAACAGUAAAAAUUAUGUAUUAAAAUAUGAGAAUAUUAAAUAUAACAUUCAUAUUGAAAUAUACCAUCUCUUUAAAGUUUAAUAAUUUCUAAAUUGUUAAGAAGAAUAUAUAGAGAUAGUGUUGAAAAUUGUACAUAUUGAAAUUUUGUGUUCCACAAAUUUUUUUUUUUUCCUCAUUGAGUUGAGAAUUUUAUGUACUUAACAGUGAAAUAUAUUUUUAUGUUCCUUAUUUUUGUUUCAUAUUAUAAAUAAAUGGUGAUGAAAGUUGAAAAUUUUGCAGUUUUGCGUUGCACAAGAAAUUUAGUUAAUCUAGUUCACUAUUUAAUUUACAGUAAAAAAUAUUUUAUGUGUUUCUUUUUUUGAGAAUUUUAUCCCUAUUAUAUUCAAAAUACAGCAUAACCUCAAAAAUCUGAAAAUUUAUUUUCAAUUUGUUAGGCGAAAAAAACUAGCUGAAUUAAUUUUAAAAUUGAGGUAAUAUGCCAACAUUCGUGUGUCGUGUAAAAAUUAUGUGGCAAUACAUUGCAAGAAUUCCUUAAAAUGUGGAUUUUCAUGGAAAUUGUGAAUUGAGCUUGUCCAGAAAAGGGAUUACUCAAAUGUGCUUAUCCUACUACUUACUCAAAUGUGCUUGUCCUAUAUUAUCCUACUACUUAAAUCUCAUCUGGAUUUAAAAAGAAAAAAAAAGUGUCAAAAUUACCAUUGAAUAAAAUUCAACCGAUCUCAUAAAUUUAUGAUGAAAUCUCCUUGAGUAGAGGGGAAAGUAAUUACUCAAAUUCAAAGUUUACGAUUCAAGUAUCGUUAUAAAAUAUCAAAAUUUUAAAAACUGAUAGUUUGUUAAGUAAUUGCUAAAAAAUGAACUUAAAUCCAUUUCAGUUUAUGAUGGUGUAAAACGAAUUUUUUAAAAUAUAAUUUUGGGUUUGUAACUUUAACAUCUCUUUCGACUUAAGUAACAUCUAAAAUCCAAAACAUUUUGACCUUCAAAACUCUGAAGCAGUUUGGAUUUUUGAGGUUAUACCGUACUACUAUUAAAAACUGUUGUGCUGAUUAUUAAAUUCUGAUAAAUAUAUAUCAAAUUGAAAUUGUGUUAUACCAUUAAAAUGUGUUCAAGGAAGCAUCUUUUACAGUUAUUUGUGGAAAUCACCUACACUAUGUUCAAUCUAUUCCAUUUUUUAUAGCUUCAAAACUUAUGUGUGUAUUCUAUAAAUUUUUCACUUGUUAAAAUGACUUGCUGUUUUAGAUGUUUUUGAAAUUCCUUUAUUGAUGAUAUAGCAUAUUUUGAUAUGCAAUAUCCCAUAUGAUGCAUAAUUUAAAACAAAAAAGUCAAUUUAAAACAUAUGUUUUAAUAAUGUAUAGUCUAUUAGUAUUUACAUGGAAUAUUUUAUAAUACCAUAUUAAAAUUUCUUUUGUUAUGUGCUAAUUUUAAUUACAUUUUUUUCUUAUAAUUACCCUGUUAUUAUUUUUUUUAAAAAAAAAGCAUAACUAUGAAUUAACUUUGUAAACAACAGAUGGGAUGAUCUGAAAGUGUAGGUUAAUUACCAGCAUGACUUAUUUAUUGGUUUUGCUAGACCUAAAUGGCCUGUAUAAUACUGAUGUAUAUAUUGAAUAUUAUAAUAUUAAAACAGUUAAUUUUAUUCUCAGAGCAAGAGAGAUUGCAAUAUGCGAUUUAUUCUUAGAAAUUUUAUGAAUCUGAAAUUUGUGUCAUGAAGUUAAACAUUUUUCAAUAUAACAGGAUAUUUAAGUGUAAAAUUAUCUAUUAAUGUUUAGUUAUUAAGGGUUAAAAGAAUAUUGAUAGCCAAAAUUUGAGUUAAUAUGCAAUAUUGGAAACUAGACAUACUAUUCAUGUAGUAAUGCUUAAAAAUUAGAAAACAGUAUAUGUCUUAAAAUAUUGAUUAAUAUUAUGUAUUUUUAUAUUUGUUAUUGAAAACCUUUGACGGUAGGUUUUAGUGUAAAAUGUUUCACUUUAACAUCGAAUAAUGUGUAAAAAAAUGUUGUAAUGUUCUAUGUUAAUAAUGUUAAAAUAUUGAAUGUUUAUAAAAACAUUUUAUUGUUAAAAAAAAAUGUCAGAAAAAAUUUUGAAUGUAAAAAAUAAAUAAAUUUGAAAUUCAUUUUUUAUAUUGCAUUUGUAAGUAACAGCAAUUUUUACUUUUUAAAAUGAUAUUUUUAUUAUUGCAAUCUCUUGAGCAUGAAUGCAUUUUUUGUGCCUUUUGUAAAUGCUUCGUUCAUUGUGCCAUCCUGUAAUUAAAAUAAUGAAGCAUAUGUUUACUGUAUAUAGCCUAUGACGUAAACGUAUGUAAAUAAAAUGAACCAUUUUCUUUUU